CUUUUACAUGCCCCCCUACGCGCAGCUACGCUCAGCUGUGCGAGGUGAAAUUUGCCACGAAUGAAAACACGGCAAAAAGAUGCUUCUUAACAGGAUCUUGCUUUUGCUUUCAUUGUGCUUUAAACUCUGUUUCUUCAAAGCUGCACGAGAGAAGUUCAAUGUUUUGUAUAUUAUGGCGGAUGACCUGCGACCGUCACUUGGCUGCUACUCCGAUCCACUUGUGAAGUCCCCAAAUAUCGACCAGCUUGCGGCAAGAAGUAACGUUUUUCUCAACGCUUAUUCUCAGCAAGCCUUAUGUGGACCCAGUCGGACAUCAUUAUUGACUAGCCGAAGGCCAGACACCACAAAACUGUUUGACAAUUCGGCUUCCUAUUGGAGAGAUAAUGCAGGGAACUACACGACUCUUCCUCAGUACUUCAAAAAGCACGGAUAUACUACUUUGUCUGUGGGGAAGAUAUUUCACCCAGGCAUAGUUUCCAACCACACGGAUGACUACCCUUUCAGCUGGUCCAUACCGCCAUACCAUCCUCCCUCAUUACACUAUGAGAGGAAGAAGGUUUGCAAGGGUCCUGAUGGCAAACUUCAUGAAAACCUUCUGUGUGCCAUCAACGUGACUGAGAUGCCAACUCGUACCCUCCCAGACAUCGAGAACACUGAGGAGGCUGUGCGCUUGCUGAAGUCCAUGAAAACGUCCAAAAGUCAUUUUUUCUUGGCAGUUGGAUUCUAUAAGCCACACAUACCCUUCAGAAUUCCUCAGGAAUUUUUAGAGUUGUAUCCCCUUGAUAAAAUAACGUUACCGUCUGACUUGGAUGUACCACAACGCCUUCCACCUGUGGCCUACAAUCCUUGGACUGAUCUUCGUGAAAGAGAAGACGUCCAAGCACUGAACAUCAGCUUUCCUUAUGGACCCAUUCCAAAAGAUUUCCAGCUUCAGAUCCGGCAGCACUACUUCGCUUCUGUGAGCUACGUUGAUGCCCAGGUGGGCAAGCUGUUAAACACUUUGGAUGAUCUUGGCUUUGGAGAAAACACCAUUGUUGUCUUUACAUCCGACCAUGGAUGGUCCCUCGGUGAGCAUGGCGAAUGGGCCAAGUACAGCACAUUUGAUGUUGCCACCCGGGUCCCACUAAUGUUUUAUGUGCCGGGAUUAACGUCAGCUGGCCAAGGAUACGGUGAAAAGGCUUUCCCUUUUUUGGAUGUAUUUCAGGAUCCAAAUAAGAAGUUUACACCAGGGCGUGUUGUGAGGUCCGUUGUGGAGUUGGUGGAUAUCUUUCCCACCAUCUCCUACCUGGCCGGGCUCCGUACUCCUGAGUCUUGCCCUCACCCAGCCAACCAUAUUCAUCUCUGUACAGAGGGGGAAAACAGAGCUUACACUUUCUACAGACCUGAGCAUUACAUCAGUGAGGAGGAGAUGGCUUUUAGCCAGUGCCCACGUCCGGGGGACACCCCUCAGUUCAACUCUGAUCAACCGCAUUUUAAAGACGUCCGGGUACUGGGCUACUCGAUCCGCUCCAGCCAGUACCGUUACACGUUGUGGGUGGGGUUCCAGCCCGAUCGCUUUUAUGCAAACAUGUCAGACGUACACGCUGGUGAAUUGUACCUGUUGGACGAAGACCCAGAUCAGGACCACAAUUUAUAUGGACUGAAGGGAUAUGAGAUGUUUUCACAUGGCCACAUGGGGAAACAAAGCAGUGUCACCAGGUUACAAUGGACCGACGUCCUUCGACUACAUAUGACCUGCUUAGAUCAACAUGGCCUUCGAAAGGCUGACUUGCAUGCUUGCUUAAAGAAAUAUUCCCAUGUUGGGUAGGGCAUGGCCUCAGAAUGGCUGACUUGCGCGCUUGUUUAAAGAUGUAUUCCCAUAUUGGGUAGGGCAUUGUUUAAGACUGUUUUGUAAAUGUAUGGUAAUACAUUUACACUUGAUGAGCAAUCAUUCAUUAGAUCA